AUGAAUAAAUUAUAUUUUUCAAUUUAUUUUAUAAUUUUAUCAAUUUUAGUUACUUUAUCAAAUGGUCAAUUAUUUCCAAUUACUCCAGUCCAUUCAGUAAAUGUUACAUUAAUUGAUAAUGCUUCUUCACUAAUUAAUGCAUUCGAAUUACAUCCAUACUCAACAGCCGACUCAAGCUGUAGCUCAAAAUUUGAAUUCCUUGUUGAUGGCAAUGGUGUUCCAAUAGAAUCCGUUGUUCUUUCUAAAGGUUGGCCACAAGAAAGAUUAAGAGUCAGUGAUUCAAAAAUAGUAUAUUUAUAUUAUGAUUAUAAUGGUUUUGGUUCAUAUAAUGUUACUAUUAAUAUUAAAUUAAAAGAUACUCCAUUAGUUCAAUACCAAUUAGAAUUUUCAUGCACUGAAUUUGACUUAAGUAAAAUUGAAAUUAAAUUUGCUCAAGAAUAUCCAUUUUCUGUAGUCAACCAAAAUUUUGCAUCAUGGGUUACUGUUAAAGGUUUUGAUAUUAAAUCUACAUCUUUAUCAACCAGUGGUUCAUCAGGUACUUUCGGUGCAUAUGGUAUGUUUAUUUGGAACACACAAUAUAUUGUGGAUCAUGUAUAUGAAGAUUGGAGUGUUACAAUUUUAUUUUAUGGUGGUAAAACUUUAAAUCUUACUACAAAAUCAUAUUAUUCUCAAUAUGAAAAUCAAUUACCACCAUUACCAUAUGAAACUAAAUUCUUCCCACCAGACAUUCUUGAUUCUGAACCAUUUAAUCCAUUUGGAUUUUAUAGUUUCCCAUUAUCUAAAUUUAAAAUUAAUACAACAAUCUUUAGACCUUUCCAAGUUUUAAAUGUUGUAAACUAUGGUUCAAUUUUAUCAUUCCCAACCAAAGGUAUUAAAGGUGAUAUGGAAUAUAGUACCCUUUUUUUAAAAGUAACAGGUGAAAACGUUAAUGAAAUAGAUUUUACAAUUAUUAAUCAAAAUGGUCAUAAUCCACUUGUUAAAACUAAUUUUACAAUUGAAUAUAAUAAAUUCUUUUUCCCAAAUUUAUCAAAUGUUCCAGUUAAUCUUGAAGUUGAAAGUGAUAUGUUUUGUACAUCAUUUUCAAAUAACUUUUUUAAAUAUACAAGUUAUUUAUAUCAAUUCGAUACCAAUUCUGUCGUAAAAGGUUUCCCAUAUGGUUUCUCUGGUGAUAACAAUAAUUAUAAAAAUAAUAUUUGUUUUGAAAGAACACCACAAGCUACUUAUAUAAAUUUUAGAACUGAAAACAACUAUGAUGAUUAUAAAACUUUUAAUGUUCCAGAAUUACGUCCAUAUGAAUUUUCACCAAUAAAAGUUGAAUCAUAUAAUAUUUUAACAGUUUCACCAACAAAAUUCCUUUUAACAAUUAAUAUUUCUUCAAGUGUUGGUAUUAAUGCAGUACAAUUUUUAUCAACAGUUUCAAAAUCAAGUUAUGAAUUUUUAAUUAGUGGUGAUAAAUAUAAUGGUACUUAUCAAGCUGUUAUCGAUGUUUAUAAUACUCCAUCAUUUAGAGAUGAAAAUGGUAAUUGGUUAAGACUUUAUGAUGGUUCAAUCGUUUCUAGUGAUCCAAUAGUUUAUUUUAAAUUACCAUCAAUUCCAAGAUCAGUCGGCUAUAAUUCAUUUUCAAAUAUUACAUUUUUAUAUGAUAAUAUUAAUAUGACAAGGGAUCAAGAUUUUUAUAAUAUUGCAUAUUUAGAAAAUGAUGAAAUUCCACGUGAUUUACCAUUUUCAUUAAUUUCUUUAGAUCCAGUAACUUAUUCUUAUUUAACUUCAGUUAGAUUAAUUAAUAAUAUUAUGUACCCAUUCACUUUUGAUCCAACCAUUAAUAAAUUCACAAGUAAAUUUGUUAUUCCAGCAAAUACUGCAUUCGAUAAGAUUUCAUUUGCAAUUAUUGGUGGUUUAUCAACAGAAUUUUAUUAUUCAGGUUUUACAAUUAAUAAUUCACCAGCUUUCGAUAAUGAAGGUCCAUUAUUUAGUGAAUUCUACAAAGUAAAUGAAAAUACUACUUAUUCCUCUUUAGGUUAUCCAAAAACUUCUGGUUGGAGAUUUAGAAUCACUGAUAAAUACAAUGGUUUCAGAAAUGGUUUUAUUAAAGCUAUGGGUUCAGUUGAUAGUACAAUUAUUAAAUUAAACUUCACUGUCCACGAUAGACUUAAUGGUGAUAAACACGAUGGUUUAUAUGAACUUUUACUCGCUUUAGUACCAGAACAAUGUAUCACACAACAAUAUACUAUCACUCACGUUGAACUUUAUGAUGACAAUAACAUUAGUUCAAUUUUCAAACUUUAUUCACCAGAUUAUUACUUAAAGAAUCCAUUCAUUAAUAUUUAUGCUCAAGGUUUAGAAGUUACUACAAUCUCUACAUUCUGUAGUGAACCAAUUAUUGACGUUUUACCAACUCUUUCCCAAUUCAGAGUUUACAAUCAAUCUGUUGAUGUUGGUUCUGGUAAUAGAAGAGUUUCAUUUAGUUUUGAAGCAUCAUCAGAUAGUGGUAUGAAAAGAUCACAAGCACCAAUUAUUUAUCUCACAACAAAUUUAUUUGAAAUCGUUGAAUGUGAAACAAAAUUUAUUAUGAUUACACCAAUAUCCAAUCUUUACUCUUGUUCAGUUGAUCUUCCAUUCUCAUUUGGUUAUCCAGGUAAAUUAUUUUUGUCAGUUUAUGGUUUAAUCAAUAAUGGUGGUAAAUAUGGUGGUGCUAGUACAAAGGAUUUACGUGAUCUCGGUUUCCAAUAUUCUAUUGAUACUCAAUUCACAAAUUAUACUCCAGUUAUUACUCAAAAUGAUAAUAUUUUAUCCGUUCAUUCAGAUUUAGUAUUCUUUGGUUAUGGUUUCAAUAAAGUUGUUGAUGUAAUUGUUAGAUAUAAAAAUCAAGAACCAGUUCAUAUUGCACCAACUCAAAUCUUUGGUUCAACUGCAAUUAAACUUCAAAUUACUCCAACUGAAUAUCAAUUUACUAUUCAAGUUGUAAAUAGUGAAGGUAUUUAUUCAAAUGAAUAUAAAAUUAAUCCAAUAAUUUGGAGAUAUCAAUUUAAUCCAACUGAAACACCAACUGAAACUCCAACUGAAACUCCAACUCAAACACCAACUCAAACACCAACUGAAACUCCAACCCAAACUCCAACUGAAACUCCAACUGAAACUCCAACUGAAACUCCAACUGAAACUCCAACUGAAACUCCAACUGAAACUCCAACUGAAACUCCAACUGAAACUCCAACUCAAACUCCAACUGAAACUCCAACUGAAACUCCAACUCAAACUCCAACUGAAACUCCAACCCAAACCCCAACACAAACACCAACACCAACACCAAACCCAGGUAAUUGUAAUGUUAGUGUUACCCUAAAGGUUACUUCUCAAUGGGUUGAAAAUAAUCAAAACUUUAUACAAGUUGAGGCAACUAUUUUCAAUUAUGGUCAAUCAGAAAUCACUGGUUUUUCAUUCCAAUUAUUUAAUAUUAUCAGUAUUUGGAAUGUUGAUCAAACAUCAUUCAAUAGCUACAGUCUUCCAAUUUGGUUACCAGCCAUUCAAGUUGGUUCAUCAUUCAGUUUUGGUUAUAUUCAAAAAACUGAUACUGUUGUCCCACUCUCCUCCCAAUCAGUUGUAUGUCAAGAAAUUCCAACCCCAUCCCCAACUCCAUCACCAUCCCCAUGUAUGAUUAAUGUUUCUCAAAGUAUCGUUAAUUCAUGGAGAGAAAAUACUCAAGACUUUAUUCAAGUUGAAGUAAACCUUAAAAACAUUGGUCAAAAUACCGUUUACCAAUUCUCAUUCGAAAUAUUUGAUCUUGUUAACAUUUGGGGCGUUGAAUUAUUAUCAAAUAAUACUUAUCAACUCCCAAGUUGGGUAUAUAGUAUCCCAGUUGGUUCAUCUCACAAUUUUGGUUAUAUCCAAAAAUCAAACCAUCUUUUACCAAUUUAUUCACAAUUACCAACUUGUCAAGUAACUCCAACUCCAACACCAACUCAAACUCCAACUCAAACUCCAACUGAAACCCCAACUCCAACCGAAACUCCAACCGAAACUCCAACUCAAACUCCAACUCAAACACCAACUCAAUCACCAAUUCCAAGACCAAUAACUUGUUCAAAACUUGAUGAUGUUCUUAAUUUCAAUAGCACAGAAACUAUUUACUGUAAAGGUAGAGGUCCAACCUACUGUAUUGAUGGCUAUGGUUCAGAAUGUGAAACCAACGAUGUUGAUGGAAGAAUUAAAUGUACAACAAAGAGCAAUUUCAUGAGCUGUAAGGGUGAUCAUUUAGUUUGUAAAUCAAACUAUCUUACAUGUAAAGUCAAUAUUUCUGAAGGUACACCAUUCCAUGUUCACGAUUCUUCUUUACAAUAA